CAACGUGUACCCAUAAUCCAAAGGUCAGAAGGUCACGAAAAGUUCUCGGCUUGUGGACGCUAGUGUGCUUGCGAUAUCUCUACAAAAACGUUUAAAACUUUAAUAUCAUCGGUUUACAUCGAAAUGGAUUCUUUUGGAUCAGGCGGAGGUGCAGGCGGACAGAUAGAUCCGCACAUGCAGCACUUCAUCGAGGCGGAGACGCAGAAGCAGCGGUUCCAGCAGCUAGUGCACGGUCUCACCGACACGUGUUGGGAGAAGUGCAUGGACAGACCCUCCACCAAACUUGAUGGCAGGACAGAGACAUGUUUUGUGAACUGUGUGGAAAGAUUUAUCGACACCAGUAACUUUGUCCUGAACCGGCUGCAGAGCAAAGCAGGGACUGGCGAGCUACAUUAGAGCAUUGAGUCCUGAUGUGUAUUCCAGAGGAGCAUUCCAAAGGGACUUACUCCCAAGAGGCAGUCCUGAGGAGUACUCUCAAGGAACAGUCCUCUGGAGUACUCCCAAUGAGCAGUCCAAAGGAGUACUCUCAAAGAACAGUCUGGAGGAGUACUAGCAAGGGGCAGUGCUGAGAAAUAGUAUAGUCCAGAGGAACGUAUACUGUACUGUAGUACAUUUUGUAUUGGGAACUUUGCCAUAGACACACUGUACUGAUAAUAUAGCGAUAUUGUACAAUUUGUAUGAUAGCUAGAAAUGUUGAUGUCCAGACAUUUUUGUAGGACAUGCAGUUGUAUAUGUUACAUUGCCAGUGUGGGUGGAUUUCCUAUCACCAAAAACAUACACAUGCCACAGAUUCAAGUGUUUUCACUGUCUGGUAGUCACCAUAUCCCCAUUACUCCUCCUCAUCCCAUGUAGCUGAUACCCCCUUGAUUUUUUUCCAUUGUAUCAUAUAUUUGCCUGUGCUUUACCCAUGCCUUUUUCUAUGUGAAGAAAAUAUAAGUUGAACUUGUAGUAGGAUUUGUGUGUUACUUUAUCCUCUGUCCCUAUCAAGUCUUAUCUACUGUCUUAACAAUGUGACAGGUCAUGUUUUCCUCCUAUUCCUGUUACUUUCUUUACUUUGAAACCUGAUUCAUGUGGAAAAUAAAUGAAAAGGCACUCAUUGAAGAAAUGGAAGAAUUUUGCCAACAAUACUUAUAGCUGAACUACUUCUGCCAGGAUAUCACUUUAACUAAGUUUAAGUCCAGAUAAGUCAUACCUUCAUAUUCUUGUAAAGUUUCCAGUAUCGUAUUUAUCUAAGCUUCAAACAAAAACUAUUUUGACAUUAACUGUCUGAUGGACACAUCAAUUUAUUUGGUGUACACAUUAUCAUACUUGAUAAUGAAAUAAUGACUGUAUAUGAUUUUCUAAUGCUUUUAACACUGUCUAUUGAAUGGGGUAAUAAACUUAGCAUGUUGUUGUUGCUAUCAUGAACAAUAUACAAUUGUCUUGAUUUUCACCACAUAUUCUUUAAGGUUGUACAUUGUAUCUGUCCUGUUUGUGAUCUUGUGUACCUGAAGCACAAAGAUUCAAUCAUAAUUGGUACUUGUAUGACAAAUGUAUGUACAAUGUACAGCCCAAUAUACCAAGAACUGUACAGACACUUGUCACAUCCCUUCACUUGAACUGAUGAAAUGUAAGAAGCCAAAGCAUCCUUGUAGGUUAGAACUUUGCCCUUAGGUUUAGUUCAUUUUUUCCUGUCUAUACUUUAUAUGUAACUGAAUAAAUCCUGCCUCUUCCCUGAA